AUGACCUUCUCGCCAUCGUUUGACGACAGAGCUGACUUUGAGAACGCCACACGAGGGUUUAUCAAUUCACUGAAACCAUGUAUCAUACGAAAUGCCAGUGGCCGCGUAGUGUGGAACAAUGACGAAUACGAUUUUCUUCGCGACGCAGACUGCCCUGCAACGGCCGAGCCAAAGCUGUGGCGACAAGGCCAAUUGAACUCAAUCCAGGGCCUUUUCCUAGUGACUGAUGGAAUAUACCAAAUCCGAGGUUUCGAUCUCUCAAACAUGACCGUCGUUGAGGGAAAUAAAGGUGUUAUUGUGAUUGAUCCGCUGACGUCCGUCGAGUGUGCAGCGGCUGCACUAGCGCUUUACCGUGAACACCGGGGAGACCGGCCAGUAACUGGUUUGAUCUACUCUCACUCACAUGUAGAUCAUUUUGGCGGAGCUCAGGGUGUGCUGCCAUCAGGCACGAAUACAUCGAUACCUAUUAUCGCCCCGCAGGGAUUCAUGGCCGAAGCGACCAGUGAGAAUAUAUACGUCGGCGACGCCAUGCGCCGGCGUGCAGGCUAUAUGUAUGGCAUGCGAUUACCGAAAGGGCCAGACGGUCACAUUGGCUGUGGUCUUGGAAUGAUGCCCUCUAGUGGGACAAUGUCAUUGAUUCCUCCAAACGUCUCUAUCUGCCACACAGGCGAGGAACGCACGGUGGAUGGCGUUCGGAUUGAAUUUCAAAUGGUCCCUGAGACUGAAGCACCGGCAGAGAUGAACUUCUAUUUUCCCGACCACGAAGCACUUUGCAUUGCUGAAUGUGCGACACAUUGCCUUCACAACAUAAUCACCCUUCGCGGGGCUCUGGUUCGUGACGCGAAGGCUUGGGCACGCUAUCUCGAUGAAACAGCAGUGCUAUAUGGACAAAAAGCCAAUGUGCUGUUCGCUGGCCACAAUUGGCCGACCUGGGACCAGGCCAAAAUCGUCAAGUUCAUAUCGGAGCAACGAGACCUCUACACCUACCUUCAUGAUCAAACUGUGCGGAUGAUGAAUCUCGGCCUGACGGGCAUCGAGAUUGCGGAAAGAUUCUCCCUCCCGCCGGCAUUGCAAAUGGCAUGGCAUACACAGGGUUACUAUGGCUCUGUUAGUCAUAAUGUCAAGGGCAUCUACCAACGCUAUUUGGGUUGGUUCGAUGGGAACCCAGCACACCUAUGGGAGUACCCAGCAGCUGAAGCUGGUCAAAGAUACAUUGAUUGUAUGGGAGGUCUGGACGAGAUUGUUCGGAAGGCAAAGGAGUACGCUAGUAACGGCGAUUCACGCUUCGCGGUGACAUUAUUGGGCCAUGUCAUAGCCGCUCAUCCCGAGCACAAAGAGUCAAGACUUGAGCUGGCAUCUGUAUACAGGAAACUUGCAUAUGGCUGUGAAAAUGCGACAUGGCGCAACUUCUACCUUUCCGGUGCCCAGGAUAUGUGCUCUCCUGCAGUGCUAGAUCGACUGGAACACCCGAAGCGUGAAUACAUGGCUGCACUAUCAAUGGAACAACUGCUUACUCUUCUGUCCGUUCAAUUAGAUGGACCCAAAGCUGCAGAAGAAUCCUUCACGAUAGACCUGCAUCUGCAUGAUGAAAAGCAACGUUGGCGGUUAAUUUUGAGCAACGGGGCGUUGACAUAUCGUAUCACAACAGGUCAGGACAGGUCGAUUGGCACAUCCAGUUUGCGUUUAACCCUCACAAAGAACGAAUUGGUGGAGAUAUUGAAUGGGCGUGGAGGCAUCCCAGAUAACAGUUCAGAGGGUGACGUGAGCCUGCUCUUCAGGUUAAUGAGAUUGGUUGGGGCAUCUGCACCCCAACAGAGCCAUUUGUAG